GCACACCAAUAUAUCAAGCUCGCCGAUCCCUGGUGACCGAGGAAGGUGUGUGUUCUUUUGUACAAAUGCAAAUAUUUAUAAGGUCUCCAUACAUUCAUUUCGAAUUGUUGUGCCAUCGUUAUUUUAGCUCGAAAUGGAGGCUCAAGGUUCAGAAUGAAUACGAAUACAGUUGUGGUUUUAGAUUGAAGGUAAAGGAGAGUGUUAGGAAAAAUGUUACUAACGCUCGGUGAAUUCUGAAGCAACAAAUUUCAAUCACAUGCAUACAGCGAUUUUCGGUCGCGCCACUACCGACGAUGUGCCGUGUAUAAUACUACGUAACUGUUAUGUCCAGGAUUCGGGCCAGGAUUAUUGUCAGUAUAACAGUAUAAUGCAAGCUGUAGAUUGCAACCUCAUCGUCGUCGAAGCUUAUGAUGAUAAAUGGAUUCACGUCCAAUGCUACACCGGCAUAGCAUAAUUACAAGGAGCAUUGCAUUGGACAUUGCUGUAUAUAACCGGUCGUGCACGACAAUCACCAGUGGAUCAUUUUCUUUCACGCUGGUGCUGAUCAGAUGUAAUUUACAGUGAUCUUCGUCAUGGCUGAUGGUGCUCGAGCGAUGUCGUCUGUUAAAAUGGAUCUUGAUACCAGCGAUCAUUUCACACCUGGCACCAGGAAAUACGCCACUCAAUCAUUGGGAUGGUCUUCAGGCAGAUGCAAUCACUCUAAAUUCUUGCUGUGUGCAUUGACCAUGGGUCAGAUCGUUGUUCUCAUGCUGUUUUCCGUAUGGACAAUCAAGGCUUGUUAUAUUCGAUCUCACAGGAUCUAUGUUGUAACAACCGUUGAUUCCAGCCCGCUUAGUCAUAAAAAUCAACUUUUUAAAAAUGCUUCUCAUCUAACCAACAUGGAUGAUCGCCAUCAUCUCCAUGGAAACCAUAGCAAUGUCACGGAUCAACUCGUCAGAGAUACUCGAUUCGCGCCCUUUCAGCGAAAAGGCGUCAUGAAUAACGGAAGCGCGCGGAAAUCAGACACUGAUCGAAAUAUACGGAUAAUCGGUACGACAAACAUCAAAUUGCUCAAUUUUACUUUAAACUGGUUUGAGAGCCUUAGCAGAUUACAUAUCAAGUAUGACGUCACAUUAAUCGCAGAUGACCAACGUACAUAUGAAACCCUGACAAUGAUGAAACAAAACUCGAAGAAAUUCGAGAGGACGAGCUUUGUAGCCGGCAGACGAUCACAAGGUGCGCGCAUUGCUGGGUUGUCUUCAUCUGAUUGUGACGUGUUACUCGGUUAUCUCGAGGCGGGAGUUGAUGUCGUGCAUAUAGCCCCUGAUACAGUGUGGUUGAAAGACCCAAUUCCUCUGCUUUGGCAGAAAUACGACAAGUGUGAUCUCUGGAUAACGUUCGGCGCGAUCCGCACCCAGAGUCUCAGCUUGGCGUACAUGAAAGCCAAUCCGAACGUCAUCGCCUACGUCAAAGCGUUAAAGGAGCAAAUGAUAAAUUUACAGAGCGAAGUUCUGACGACCACAAUGGCUCUGAAAUUGGGCUUCAUAGCGUUUAAGUGCAAUGUCGGAUUAUGCUACCUCGGUGAAAAUCAUUUCCCUUCUGAGGCAAACGUUUUUGAGGAGGAAGGAACUUGGUACAAUGCACAUAGAGAAGGGAUCUACGUUAUCAGAACAGGUGCUAUAGUGAACACUGCACAAAAGCAAUAUUCAUUACAAAAGAUAAAUGUGUGGUAUUUAGAUUCCUGAGACCAUGAAUGUAUUUCAAUUUCAUGUUAAUUACCAAAAAAUUAACCUUGUCACAUUAUUAAAUAUCAUACUGUUACCAUAUUAUUGGACAAAGGUAAUCACAUAAUAACAUUUAUCUUGUUCUAUUAACAUGAUUAAUACUCCCUGGUAUAUAGAGAUGGAAAUGUUCUACUCGAAAAGAUCUGGGGUGGUAUUCUGAGAUCCAUUUUAUCUCAGAUAAAAUAAAAUAUUUUAAAGAUAGAAUGACCUCAGAAUACCGCCCCUGGUCAUUAAAACAUGUCGAUAUAAUGUCGAGUGCUCACUGCGGACGAAAUGAAAAUUCGUAAGCUUAUGGAAGAAAUUGAUUAAGUAAUUUCUUGCCAACGACAGUAUUUCUCUUUAUUUUUUGCCCAUUUUUUUUGGCCAAACAAACUGGAAACAUUUCCCCCUCUUAUAAAAUCCCGGAUCCACAGCUAGCAGGCGUUUGUGGUUCAGAACGAGGAAGCCCGGGAAGGAAGAUCAAUUAUGGAAAGAGGAAAAGGAGCAGGAAGAAAACGAAACAAAAAAGAAUGAGGAAGAAAAAGAAAAUAUAAGAAAAAGAAAGAAGAAAAAGACGAAGAGAAAGAAGGAUUGCAAUAGAAGCUUCAGCAGCUGCAUGCUCAGUAAUAUAAUGUUGUGUGUUGUUUUCACUGACACGCAAGCAUUUACAUGUUCUGUGACUGUAGAAUAAACAUGGUAUGGUUCAAAUAGUUGCCAAACUUAGCUAAAGGCGACCGCACACCUUGCGAUUGGUCUGCGACUCAACUUUGGAAUAAAACGUAGUAGAAUUUGAUGUUAAUAUUGAGACUUGGAAUAUCUUCCUAUGUAAUGUUCGAAAUCAUCGUACGAAUACGUAAACCUGUGACUAUGCUAUCAUCCUUCUUAGAAUAAAAACAAAUAUAAUAUCUAGUCGUAAUGACGUCAUAGCAGUCAUACGAUUGACUACGAUUUGAAACUAAUUUGGCUUACAAUCUUAAAAAAUUGUUAUAUUAGUAUUCUUUCAAUUAAUUUUAACCUCAAAUAAAAUGAUAUGGUCCAUUCAUAUAUUCAGAAAAGAAAAUGAGCAAACUGCGAUUUGUUCCAAAAUCGGAUCGCGAACAGUCGUAUAGGUGUGCGGUGGCCUUAAGUACCGUGUUUUUGCAAUUGCAACGGAAAUGCACUAAAAAUGCCCCUCCAAUCACAAUGAACAGCUGAGAGGUCUUUGUCGAAAAUUUGUGAACCGGGACAGCAGAUCGUUCUAAGUUUUGGAGCUGAUGAAAAAUUGCAAGUAUGUCAUUUGUCCAGAGUCCUUAAGGAAACUGCUGCAUUUAUUAACCGAUUUUCGACAAAGUCUUCUUUGUUAUGAAAGGAUUUUGACAAUAGAUUUUCUAUGUUGAAGAAUCCGUCCCCGUCGCAAAUUACGAAAGCUCCUUAGUAUCACAGUCACAUCGCUGAAAUCGACUCACAGAAAGUUAUUACAUGCCAUCGAGUGGCGUACCUAGGAUUUUCCACAGGGGAGGGGGGCAAAAUCGUCCGCCAAAAAAUUUGACAAGCAAAAAAAAAAAAAAAGGUCUUCAACCACAAAUAAAGGAUUUCGUACCAGAAGGUUGGAGUCGGUUUUUGUUGGUGUGACCAUAGCUUAAGUUUACCUUGUCCCAGUGUAUAUAAUUUCUAGCAAUCAUUGAACUCUAUUUAUUUGCGCCCGAAUGUUGUAUUUGUGCAAUCUAUGAAUAUUCGAUCAAUGUUCAAUUGGACUCUAUGGUCGUUGCAUUCCAAAUUUCACUUAUCAAACUAUGAUUUUGAAAAAUAUGAAAGCUUUUGUGUAUAUUUUGAUGUUAGUUCAGCAGGCUGCUCUCCUUUCAUUCUUUGAAUAUAUAGCUAACUAAGAGAACUAUUUUUCAGUUUCAACACAUCAAAGCAUGAUGUCAUUGAGUACAUGCAAUGCCGACAGACGGAAUUGGUUUCAGUAUGAAAUGAAAUUCUGGACAGCGUUUCAUCAACCUUUGGUCUGACUAGUUGUCGAAUCCGACAAGUUUUGUUAGAUGUCGAUUGACCAAGGAGCACAAUCGGAUAAAACCUGUUUUGGAUAGAACAUCCAACAAGCCUUUUCAUGCAAUGCUCCCCAGAUGAUAGGCCUAUUGUCUUACACUAUUAUGAUUUUUAAACAUAUCAAAUAAAAUUCACCGAUUCAGCUACUAAUUCAAUUAUAACUGCAAUACUUAAGGCCUGACAUACUGAUCGGGUGGGUGUUUCUGAAAGCUGUUCGUAAGUUACUAGCGACUUUACGAAACGACCGGCCGGUGAACCUUUCUUCUGAACUACAUAAACACCGAUGAAAAUCCGGUACCACAAGAAAGGAUCACCGGUCGUUCGUAAAGUUGCUCGUAGGUUACGAACAGCUUUAUGAAUCAUCCAGCAAGUCGUUUCAAGCCAGGUUGUAAGUAAUUUUUUUUAAACAUCUACGAUUUUCCAUAAGGAUACCGCCAUACUGUUAAGAUGUCUUGCAGCAGGCAAUGAUUUCACUGCGGUCUACCCGAAGGGUGCUCUCAAGUCACGGUGUUUAACGAACCUCACCUAUAUAGACUUCCAUCUAAAAAAAAGUUUAGGUAUUAUGCACCAGUUCGGAAGAUAUACAUAUCUCUCCUUCCGUCUGAAACCUGUAUACAGUAAUAUAUGGCAAUAUAUAUAAACUAAUUACGACAUGAAGGUUGGACAAAAAAAAUCUUAGAGAAUGAAACAUUUUGUGUGUGUGUGUGUGUGAGAAUGCCAAUGUAUUGCCAUAAUUCAAACUAUCAUUACUUUUUAUCUGUCAAUAUUUUGGCAUGUUUGUUGUAAUUUUAUUUACAGUACUUGUUUGAGAGAUGGUAUAGAUUCUGUUCCAGUAUUUCAUAGCACGCUGUAUGCAGGACACGUUUAUUGAACCCUGUACCAUGUGUACUGUAACUGAGUAACAAUAACAUAAUUGACUGUUCAUGAAAAUGGUGAAAGAUAAUGCAAGACAUUCGAAUAAAAAAGGAUUUCUUUAUAAAUCUCA